AUGAUCAUAUCCUAUCUGGCUCGAAUUGUUCUCUUGCUCCCAGAACUAUCAUCAGGAGAUGCAGAUCGGUUGGCCGAAAUCGCAGCGAAUCAGGAGAACUCAAUUCAGAUAGGCCAACUACCACCAGAACGCACAUAUCCCUAUCCAAACGGUCCACCAUUUCAACAACAACAUGAGCGACGGCGGGAGGGUGGGAAGCGGAAAAAGUUUCGGAAAGAACGAAUCGAAGAUGAACCAUGUACUCCAAUAAAUGAGACGUUGAGGAAGAAUUUGUUACAGGAACUCUUCGACGACUCCUACGACAAAAACAAUUUGCCGAGCGCUAACUCAACAGAGGUAAUCGUCGAGCUUACCGUUCAGUCCAUCACAGAAAUCAGCGAGUUUUCAUCCAGUUUCAAAGCAGACGUCUGGUUCUCACAAAUCUGGCGUGAUCCUCGUCUCGACUUCUCCGAUCGAAAUUAUUGUCUCAAAAAUAUCUCUCUAGCAUCUCACAAGCUGCCAACAAUGUGGUCGCCGAACGUGUGUUUCGUGAAUAGCAAAAAAGUCGAAAUCCAUGCGUCUCCAUCUCAAAACAUCCUCCUCUUGAUCUUCCCGAAUGGAACUGUCUGGCUGAACUUCCGAGUGUCUCUGAUUGGUCCAUGCAAACUCGACUUGACCUAUUUUCCCAUGGAUCGCCAAUCGUGCAAUCUUGUUUUCGAGGUGAGAAUUGAUGAGUGGCGUCCCACGACUGAAAGCUACUCAUACAACACGGCAGAAGUAAGAAUCGUUUGGAGGGACUGGGAUGCGGUGACUAUUCCGGAUCCGGAUUCGAAGAAUCUUCCAGAUUUUGAACUUGUGGAUAUUAAGCAUAUGAAUGCUACAUUAGUGUAUACUGCUGGUUUAUGGGAUCAGCUAGAAGUGCAGUUCACAUUCCGAAGAUUGUACGGUUAUUACGUUCUUCAGGCCUACAUGCCAACAUAUCUGUCAGUUUUUAUUUCCUGGAUUGCAUUUUGGAUUGACACAAAGGCUCUCCCGGCUCGAAUCACCCUUGGUGUGUCCUCGCUGAUGGCUCUUACAUUCCAAUUUGGUAACAUCGUAAAAAAUCUUCCACGCGUCAGUUACGUCAAAGCGCUUGACAUCUGGAUGUUUGGCUGCGUUGGCUUCAUUUUCUUGUCUCUUGUCGAGCUCGCUGUUGUUGGAUUCGCUGACAAAUUGGAAGCAAAAAGAAGAAGGCACAAUCGGUGCAAAGAGCAAUUAAUGAUGAGAAGCGAUUCAGAACAGCAAUGGCUAUCUCGAUUGUCGGGACAACGACCUCAAAUCACUGAAACCAAUUCAGAUGCAACACACACCAUUCAAAUAAACGAUGGGAAUGGGAACGUGAGACGGCGGAAGAGUGAAGAGAAACGGCAAAAGCUCCUACUUCAGAUGGAAAGUCCAAUAUUUGUUAACGGAGAAAAAAUUGAUGAGAUCUCAGCUAAACUGUUUCCACUCCUUUUCACUGCAUUCAACAUUUUCUACUGGUUUUACUAUAUUGGAAUGUCAGGCGGUUUCUUCUAA